AUGACAUCAGGAUCAACACCUCUCCCAAACGCUCCCACUGUCGAAGUAGCCCCGGGGGUGCUCCUCCAACCCCCACUAUCGCGAUGCGGCCGCGGCCCAGGUUUACUCCUCGUCAGGGCUGCCGCGCACACGCAAUGCCAGGCAGACAAUCAGAGCCUUGACCCGGAGCCGCUGCAGAAGUGGGCGGAGGAGAGUUUUGCGGUCGCUCAGAUUACGCUGGAUGCCGAGUCAAGUAAGAGCCGAGCUGCGCUCACUGACCUGGUCCGCAGCGCAGAGCAGGCAUUGGGCGGAUUGGUGGAAUGCACCAAGAAGGAUAAGUUUGGUGUACUAGUAUAUGGCUCUCGGGCAGAUUACGCGCCUGAGUUCGGAGACUUCCUCCAGGACCUCAUCUCUCUGGACAAGUUCGCAGCUGCUGUGCUCUUUGAUCUCUGGGUGACCCGGGAUAUCCCAGCUGUAGCCCACUUGGAUUCAUCAAAGCCGGGAACGGAAUCCUCGGACACGCUCAAAGUGUACUCGUACCCGGAAGCGCUCUCGUCAGGGUUUAUUAUCCCUGGUCAUGCAGACUUCAACUAUUCCUCUGCUAGCAUUGCUCACACGCGCACGCUAACCUUCAUCAAGACCCAUCUGGGUGGUCCAUACUUUGAUCUCGAGAAGAUCUGGGAUGAGCACACGUACUAUGAGUUCGCGGAGCGGUCUGUAGAAAAGACCAUGGCAACAAUGGUGCAGGAGCCGUACGUUAAUCACGUUCCAACUUUAACUGGCGGUAUCGGGCGAGCCAAGCUGAGCAAGUUCUAUCUCAAUCACUUCAUCUUUAACAACCCGGACGACACGAAACUCGAGCUCGUCAGCCGGACGUUAGGUGUCGACCGCAUAGUCGACGAGUUCAUCGCCUGUCUUACUCAUAACAAAGUCAUAGAUUGGCUACUUCCCGGCAUCCCUCCAACGGGCAAGCCUCUCCGCAUUCCUUUCACCUCUGUGGUCAACAUCCGCGGUGAUCGUCUCUACCACGAGCACAUCGCCUGGGACCAAGCCACCGUCCUUAUGCAACUAGGCCUCUUGCCAGAAUACCUUCCGUUUCCAUACCCGCUAGCCGAUGGGCGGACUCCUGCUCCUGGGAAGCGCUUCGAGUAUCGGGUUCCAGCUGCGGGCGUUGAAACGGCUAACAAGCUUCAGAAUGAGAAUGCCGUUCCCUCUAAUGGGAUGUUUGAGUUUGGUGUAAGAGAGGUGGAUGAUCAGUGAUAACUUGCAUACCCCUCACGAAGGAUGAUUUGACUGAUGGUUCGAUGGGUAUAUGAGUCGCAUUUGGCCACCUGAUAUGGGCGUUUUGUCUACUUGUUUCUCCUAGCCCGCAGAGAUAUGGGGUUGCUUUGAACAAGUUUGAAUCGCUAGUCCUUUAAAUGACGAAUCAGGACUAGGAAGAUCGGUCCGGUAAAGAUAUUUGAGCAUCAGUGGCUUUGUUAAUUCAUGGCAUAUAUAUAUUGGAUAUAUGUAGUUAGAUCUGAGGUUUCAAAAGUCUAUUGCGGACAC